AUGUCAUUAUCAAGUUCAAUUCGUAUUCCAUUUCAAUGGCCUAAUGUUGAUGUAUUUACAUUUGGUAAAUCAUCUCUCUACGGUUAUGAUUCAUUAAAUCAUUGUCUACUUGUUCAUUCAUCUAUUGAAUUAACUAAUCUAAGUAAUAUUUCAAAUGAUUGUCUUCAUUUAUCUUCAUCACCAACAUGGCCAAUUCGAAGAUUAAUUCUGAAUGAAGAUGAAACAAUUUUGGCACUUCUUGCCGAUAAAAUUGCUUAUCUUGUUUAUUUACCACAAACAAAUAGUAACACUAAUCAUACUUCACCAUCAAAAGGAUCUCGUCUUUGUCCAAUAAUUCGUGUUCCUCCAUCAGUAUCACUAUCAUCAUCAACUUUUAGUUGUUCAUUAAUUGAUUUUGUUUGGUUAACAUCAAAUCAUUUCGUAAUAGUUUAUUCUAUCCCUUCAUCAUCUGAUUGUCAUCUUUAUUCAAUUCGAUCAUCAAAACAAGAUGGACUUGAACAUAUUCAAACAUUUUCUGUUGGUUCAUCAUCAAAAACUAAAUUAGGAACACCAAAUAAAAAAAUCUCUCUUCAUCAACCAUCAGAUAUUCUUAAAUUAAAUAUAAAAAAACGCGAAGAAAAAGAUAUUUCAUUAAUUCUUCUAUUUGCAAUGAAAAGUGAUGGUGAUAUUUAUUUAUUAGAAAUUGAACAAAAUCAAUUAUUAAAUAAUAAUGAGAAAAUAGUUGAAGAAUUUCAAGGACCUAUUCGUAUUCUUCCAUCAACAUUUGAUAAUUAUGGUGUUGAUCAUGGUCAAUCAACAUUUAUUUGUUUAUCAGAUUCAACUUGUCCACUUCUUGUAUUUACACAUGAUAAAUGUCAACUUAAUCAAUGUAUCAUUUUAUCUCCAUCAAUAAAUCAAUAUUAUUUAUUUACAAUUGAUUCAAUAUCUUUAUUAACAAAUCAAACUGGACAAAUGAUAACAUCAAUUAUUCCAGAUAAAUUUUCACCAAAUAAAUAUUAUAUUGCAGAUUCAAAUGCAAAUAUUUAUUUAAUUGAAAUUCUAUGGAUUGAUCAAGUUCAACAAGGAUUAAAACAAUUUCAAUCAACAAAUAUUCAACAUUUAGUUGAUGGAGCUAAUUCAAAUCAGAAAUUUAAUAAUAAAAUUGAACAAAUUGGUUCAAUACAAAUUCAUAAUCAUGGACAAUACUUAGCAGCUAUUGUUAAAUCACAAACAAAUCAACAAAAGGAAUUGAUUCUUGUUCGUUCGCAAUCUUCAAAUUUUAGUAAUAAUUCACUUAGUUUAUCACAAACGAAAAAUUCUGAGUUUCUUGAUCGUAUUCGUUCAUUACUUUCUCGUGAACAAACAAUUCCUUAUGUAACACUUUCAUCAUUAUCAACAAAUAUAUCUGAUUCUGAUGUUGAAAAAAAUCUUUCUCAAUUCAUUAAACUUUUAACUGAACAAUAUAUUCAAAAACAAGAAAAAGUUCAUAAAGAAUUAGAAAAUAAACAACGUUAUUUACUUGAUUUUCAACAAACACAAUUAAAUGAAAAUAAACAACUCAAUGAAAAACUUCAACAAAUUCAAAAACAGUUUCAAAUUCUAACAGAAAAAUAUGAAAAAGAAUGUUCACGUCGAAAACGUUUAUCAUCACAUGUUGGUGAUGUUCUUUCUGUGAUUGAACAAAAUAUACCAGUUUUAUCAGAUGAAGAAAUACGAAUGCAAAAUCAAUUAGAAUCAUGUCAGAUACAAGUUAAUUAUCUUAAUAAAACAAUUCAACAUAUUCAGCAAUUUGUUUCAUUGAAUCAAAAUCAAGAACAAACAGAGGAUUUAUCAAUAGGGAAUACAUUAAAUUUUAUUCGAAAUUAUCGAAAUCAAAUUGAUGAAAUGAAACAACAAUUACAAGCUAUUCAAACUUAUAAAUAA